CUUGCACGCUUUCUUGUUGGGUCAACAUUUCGUAUGUAAUUUUCCAUUUUGUUUGAGUGAAUAUGUCCGGACAAUAUAUACAGGUAGCGGAAGAAGAAGGGGAAGAACCGAUAGAAAUUCCAAGUGAGGAUGAUGGAACUCUUCUUCUCUCUACACUUGCUGCCCAGUUCCCGGGAGCAUGUGGGAUGAAGUACAGAAACCCAGUCAGCGGCAACUUCCGGGGGAUACGAUUAUCUGAUGGGAAACUACACCCUCCCGACGGGGCAUGGGGACAUUACGUAUUUGUCGUUGUUUUUCCCAAAGAUAACAAAAGAAAAGGAGAUGAAGUUAUUGAAAACCCUAUCGCCAAGACAAAAUGUAUAGAGAAACAACGAUGUAGUGACUUGAUAGUAUUAGGACUACCGUGGAAAACAAAUGAAAAAGAACUUCGAGAGUAUUUUUCCAAAUAUGGAGACCUCCUCCUUGUUCAGGUGAAACGAGACCCUAAAACUCAGUAUUCCAAAGGAUUUGGGUUUAUCCGAUUUGCAGAGUAUGACUGCCAAGUCAAAUGUUUGGCAGAUCGACAUCACAUAGAUGGGAGGAGGUGUGAUGUGACAAUCCCAAACUCAAACGAAGGGGCCCAACAGUUUGUAAGUAGAAAGGUGUUCGUAGCUCGUUGUACAGAAGAUAUCACAGCUGAAGACCUUCACACUUACUUCAGUAAAUUCGGUGAAGUUAUUGAUGUGUUCAUUCCAAAGCCAUUUCGGGCAUUUGCCUUUGUCACCUUUGCUGAUCCAGCCAUUGCAAGGAGUUUAUGCGGAGAAGACCACAUAAUAAAAUCAACAAGUGUUCAUGUCACAACAGCAGCACCCAAAAAUAGCGGGGACAAAUUUGACGGAAAGGGAAAUUACAACCGAGGAGGUGGGGUACCAAAGGGUUGGAAUCAGGGCCAUCAGGCUAACUGGGGCAACACAGGGGGGAAACCUAUUAGUACUAUUGGGGGAAAUCAACCAACACCUGACCCAAAUUUAGCCAACAGCAUUGGUAUGAACCUCAUGUUAGCAGCAGCACAAGCAGUCUUAAGUCAAGGCCAAAUGCCACCUCCCCAGCAACAGGUGGGAGAUAACUACACACAAGCUACCAAUCAGGGCUUUGAUAGCACCCGACAAACAAACAGUGGAAGCGGGUUCUUUGGGGGAGGCUGGGGUUCCAAUGAGGCAAACAAUACUACUGGUGGUUAUGCAAACUGGGGCGGGGGACAGACUCAAGGACAACGGAGUGGGUGGAAUUAAUUAGAGUCUGGCCAUUGUUCCUUCCAUUUCUCGUACACAUCAGAAAGGUUAUAUGUUUUAAUUAGAGGAAUAAACAGAUCAAUUUGACUUGAUGUAAAUGGUUGUAUACCAAGGUACCAUAAAUAAAUUUUUUUGCCAUUAGUUAGCAGAUAAACAGGAUUUAACAUCAUACUGACAACAUGCAAAUUACAACACUGGAUGUCUUGUCAUUUGAAUUCUGUAAAUGUAAUACUUUUAACCAUAGAUUAAGGACAUACUUUAUGUUACUUUGUUGAAAUGAUGCUGCGCCAAAAACUGAUUUCCAGUUUAUGAUGUUUUUGUGUACAGUUAUAUUGAAUAUCUUAAAAUCAUGAUCAAAUCUGCUAAUAAAUCACAAAAAGAAAAUUCUGUAUCUGUGAGCUGAUGGCAUAUACCUUUGAUAUAAGGUAAAUGAAACAAUUUUGUUUAGUCACAAAAAUGGAAUAAUAAUCAAAUUUAAAUUAAAAUUUUUGUUUAUUUUGUUUCUUAAUAGGCUUCAAAAAUCACGAUAAACAUACAAAAAUGUAUGCUAUGAUUUAAUGAAAAAUAUGUAAUUAAACAUGAUAAAUCAAAGUUUAGUUUUUAAAAAUUUGAGAUCUUUCAUCAAAAUUAAAAGAUAAUGCUUUGGAUGAAAUUUCUUCAAUUUUAGUGAUAGUAAGAAUAUUACAUCAUAAAAAGAAAUAAUGUAAAUUAUUAUGACAUAAUCAAUGAGAAAUCAAUUUAUGUUUGUUGCCUUAUUUAAUAUAACAGUAUGUUUAAAAUUUAAAUAGAAAAAAAAUGUACAUCUUUUUUCAGACAAGUCAGAUUUUUUUGCAUACCAGAACUAUUUUAAUCUUAGCUUACAUAUAUGCUUAGUAGAAGCUAGUGUCCUUGUACUUUAACCUUUCUAAAUCAGACACCCAGGCAGCAGAGUUAUGUAAUGUAAUCAGAACAGUUGCAUUAACUCUAUCAGUACUACCGGUAUAAUUUUCAGAGACUGACAGAUAGAAAUCUCUGGUAUAAUUUUAGUUGAAACACACAAAGUAAACUGUAUUCAGAAUAGAUAUGAUAUAUGAAAAGUAUACUAUUUACUUCAAAUAAGUGUAUAAAGACUGUUUCUUCUCCAAAGUGUACUCAGACCCGUUUUAUUAACUUACAAAUUCUGAAAAAUAAACUUUUUAUAAAGUCAAUGAAAUUGAGAAAUUCAGACGUAUAUCAAAUAUUUAAUGUAUUACAUGGGAAAAAUUUAAUUGAAUUAUUGCAAAGAAAUUCAGGUGCAAUGAAUUAUAAUUGUCAUAUUUAGUUUGUUUUUAGAUAUGCUGUGUAAUCCAGAUAACUUACAUUCAAAAGCCAUAAGAAGUCUAUUGAAAUCUUCUUAACAAGAGAAAGUCACGUUGUCUAUGAGAAAUGGAUGGCACACUAGCCUAUAGUAGUUAGCAUGUGGGUCUGGUGUAUGAACAUAUAAGGAAGUAGUUGAAAUGAUAGGCAUUAGGGUGACUGUAUCAUCAUUUUACCAAACACACUAUGCCACGUUACAAUAUCUUUGCAUAUACGUUUUUCUUUCUGGUUAUCUGUGUUGAUGUCAGCUUAUUCACUUCAAACAUUUACAAGCCCAGCUUGGACAAAUCAUGGACUAAUGAGGAAUGCAGAUACUCUGACCUGAAGGAGGGAGACCAGUAAUUUUAUCAGGUAGUAUGUGUGGUGGACUGAACAACUAAGGGCCGCAAGUAGGUGAAAGACUUUGGAAGAGGUGUGGAGUACAAAAACGAACAUUUUUUGGAAGAAACAACAUGUAAGUGAUUUGAUAUGGUGUGUUGAAAAGGGAAGUGCUUAUGCUUUGGAAGUGUUUUGAAGGGAUGUAAAAGGACACGCCGAAUGAAACUGGAGUGUUGCAUUGUUGAAAAUCGUGGAAGAUUUUAUGUUGUGCGGUGGCUUUUGUAUGUACUUGUAAGGGUGCUUAGAAAGGAGUGUGAAUAAAAUUUAUACUGCAAAUUGUAGUAAGAAUAUAA